CGGCAGUUGAAAGAGCUGCUCGAAAGCUUGACGAACGGAAAAAACCAUUUAUUCUUGUUAAUAGUAAAAGGAGUAAAGUGGUUUUAAAAUUAUGAAUAAAAACCCAACACCAUCCCCAUUCCACAAUACCCCUAAUCCAUUUCCGGCAGUAGGUACGACACGAUGACGGUGGUGCUCCGAAGAGGAGCGGUGGCGCUCACCUUCCUCAUCCCCUCUCGUUCUUCAUUCUCUUCUUCCUCUUCCUCUCUUUCCAUUCCCAAAUCCACCACCACCACCCUUUCCCUCCUCUCCUUCCGCCGCAACCAUUCAACCCCAGCAGCAGCUUCCAAAACCAGUAGCAGCCCCUCUUCACUCCCUCUCUCCGUCGAACCCCGCUUCCUCUUCAUCCCCCCUGGUAUCGAACCCGACGAGGUCACCGACUCCAUGAUCCUUCCCGCUUCCAACAUCGUCGUCGGACCCUACGCCGGCGACUCCCGCAUCAAGGACGUCGAGUUCGUCAAGAGCAGCCCCCGUGCUAGAGACUGCCCCAAAGAUGACCGGCCUGAAUUCGCCGUGCUCGGUCGGUCCAAUGUUGGCAAGUCUUCCCUCAUCAAUUCCCUUGUUCGGAAGAAAGAGCUUGCUCUCACUUCCAAGAGACCAGGGAAGACACAGCUUAUCAAUCACUUCUUGGUGAAUAAAAGCUGGUACCUUGUGGACUUGCCUGGUUAUGGCUUUGCUAAAGCAUCUGAAGCUGCUAAAACGGAUUGGGCCUCAUUUACAAAAGGGUACUUUUUGAACCGAAAUACUCUGGUGGCUGUCUUACUUCUCAUUGAUGCAAGUGUUCCGCCCCAAAGAAUUGACUUGGAUUGUGCUAACUGGCUUGGACGCAAUAAUAUACCUGUUACUUUUGUUUUCACAAAAUGCGACAAAAUGAAGGUUGCAAAAGGGAAACGGCCAGAUGAGAACAUAAAGGAAUUUCAAGAGAUAAUCAAACAAAACUUCAAGCAACAUCCGCCAUGGAUUAUGACCAGCAGUGUCACUGGAUUGGGUAGAGAUGAUCUUCUCUUGCAUGUAUCUCAGCUGAGAAACUACUGGGAUCAAUAGGGAGAAAAUAUUAAACUUAAGUAAGGUGACUGUCUACAAGAAGGACAUGCCAUGCAGGAGCAAAGUUCAAAUUACAAAAGAUGCAACUGCAUAGAAGAAUCAUGUAGAAAGGCUAUGGGUUGAGCUGUAUCACUCAUAGUCUUUCAGCUGGAUCUUUCAUCAGGAUCUUUGUUCACCUCAAACUUCAACCUGAUAUAUACGGUAUCUAACAUGAGAGUGAAGUUUGAGUUUGUUUCUGGAUACUGGAAUUUUCAUAUGCUGUCAUGUUUUGUGCCUAUGGGAGUAAACUAACACAGAUAGUCUUGUAUGCUUUCAACUGCAAAGCCUAUAAUUUUGUGCUGGCUUUUAUUUAUCUUUUGUUUCAAGAGUAAAUAUUUAGGCACACCAUUUCCUUGA